UGUAUGUGUGUGAGAGUGUGUGUAUGUAUGUUACAGAGCAGCACGGAGCAAAAGAGAUGGACAAGUGUGUAUAAGCGGAGUGUGUGAAUGUGAAGCACCGGCGAUCCUGUGCCCGGAGGGUAGCCGUGUGAUGAGAGAGAAGGAAGGCAUGGGGGGGUGGGGGCUCUUCUGCCUGCAAAUACAUUUGCCAGGACAGCGUUACAUGCAGGCGAGCAUGUGUGUUUGAGGGGAAAAAAGUGAGUGAGGUUAUGCCAGCGUAGGUGUAACGGUAUCGUCGAUCAGCAGCGUGCUCUUCGCAUUAUGCAGCCAACGGUACUGAUCACACUUUGAGGACGGACUCAUCCAGACCAGGCUGAGAAGACGAAUGGAUGAAAAGACAGGGAGACAUUUUAUAGCUGAAAAAAUGCUCCAGGUUCUCCUAGACCAUUCAAAGGUCUAAUCCGUUUCAGGGAAUGUUGUUAGCCCCCCUUGUUUCCUUACAAAUUGGAAUUGCAGACACAGUCAGACAUACAUCCAAAAUUGCCACAAACUCCUGAAGGGAACAUAAAUCCUCAACCACUGUCUGACUCAGACACUUCAUAUUUGCUCCAGGGACAAGGAAAAGAAGAUCUUCUGUCUUUGCUUAUUCUUUUCCUUGUGUGAGGACGGUUGCAGGAUCCUCUCCAAGUACCGUGAGUGGAUGAUAAGAAGGCUGGUAGACAAGACGAGACAGACACAGGCAUGGCUCGCCUCAACUGGUGCCUGGCUGCUGUCAUUAGCUGGGGAAAGUUCCUCUUCACCUGUUUCUUUCCUCUGCGAGGAGCCAAACGAAACAAGCCUGAUGAGCUGGAGGGCGUCCACACACACACCUUCAAGCUGAAGCCGUUUAAGAAGGCAAAAAGUUGUGACAUAUGCAAGCAGGCCAUCACCAAGGAGGGUCUCAUCUGCAAAGCAUGCCGGCUAUCCUGUCAUAAGAAAUGUGAAGUGAAGGUCACUACAUCAUGUCAGACAGCGACCAACUGUGAGCUGCCUCCUACUCCGCAGCUGCCGUUAAAGCAUGUAGAUACACCGGGAUCUACGAGGUCCUGCAAAAGUGUGGAGAUUCGGAGGAAGCAGUCAAGGAGUCAGAGUGUGGUCCAGGCCAUGGAGGAGAGCUAUGAGGUGGACCUGGUCUACAUCACGGAGAGGAUCAUCUCCCUCUCUUUCCCCGCCGGGGCCGAGGAACGCAGCUACACCAUCAACCUCAAAGAGGUGGCAACGAUGCUGCGAUCCAAGCACGGCGAACACUACCUGGUGCUCAACCUGAGCGAGCAGAGGAAAGAUUUAACAAAGUUAAACCACAAGGUUCUUGAAUUUGGCUGGCCAGAUCAUCACGCACCAGCGCUGGAUAAGAUCUGCAGUAUGUGCAAAGCCAUCGACACUUGGCUCAGUGGAGACCAGCGGAACGUGGUGCUCCUGCACAACAAGGGAAAUCGAGGUCGAACAGGUGUAGUGGUGGCUGCAUACAUGCACUACAGCAACAUAUCUGCGAGUGCUGACCAGGCACUCGACAGGUUCGCCAUGAGGCGCUUCUACGAGGACAAAGCUCUUCCUGUGGGUCAGCCAUCACAGAGAAGGUAUGUCCAAUAUUUUAACGGCCUCCUGUCUGGGCACAUAAAAAUCAACAACAAGCCCCUCUUCCUGCGUCAUGUCAUCAUGCACGGCAUACCCAACUUUGAAUCCAAAGGAGGAUGCCGGCCGUUCCUGAAGAUCUACCAGGCAAUGCAGCCAGUCUAUACGUCCGGAAUAUACAAUGUGCAAGGAGACAGCAAUACCAGUAUCUGUAUCACCAUUGAACCCGGGCUGCUUCUGAAAGGAGACAUUCUGCUGAAGUGUUACCACAAGAGGUACAGGAACCCUUCCAGAGACGUGGUGUUCAGGGUGCAGUUCCACACCUGUGCCAUCCACGACCUCGGGGUGGUUUUUGGCAAGACUGAGCUCGAUGAGACCUUUAAAGAUGAGAGGUUCCCAGAGUACGGAAAAGUGGAGUUUGUUUUCUCAUAUGGACCAGAAAAAAUCAGAGGUCUCGACCACCUGGAGAACGGGCCGAGCGUUUCUGUGGACUACAACACCCAGGACCCCCUGAUCCGCUGGGACUCGUAUGAGAGCUUCAACCAUCCCAGCGAGGACACGGCAGACACAGAGAACGAUGUUGGUCAUACUCAAGGUCCACUUGAUGGAAGUCUUUAUGCCCGUGUCAGAAAGAAAGACUCCCUGGAGGGAGUUGUUACCAUUAAUGGCCUUCCAGUCCGUGAAAACCCCUUGACGAAUACAGAGAGCUCAUUGCAACAAUCUAACCAUUACCUUCAAAAGACUGAGCAGUCCCUUCCAGUGGCAGGUCACACCUCCCUCCCUGCUGUAGAUCAUACCCUUUCCGUGAGCAGUGACUCAGGCAACUCUACCGCAUCUAUCAAGACUGAUCGCACUGAUGAGCACAGCCAUUCCUUGCACACAGCUGCACAGCUCCACAUUAACCCAACAGCCCACCCAACACUUAGCCCACAGGAGAAACAAGAACUAGAUCAGCUUCUGAGCGGCCUUGAGCCACCAGCUCAGCAGCAGGUUUACCUGUCUACAUCUGCUAGUCCAGGGGUAGGGGUUCGACACCUGGUUCCAGCACAGGUACAUGUCAACGGGGGCCAUACCAGGCAUCUUGGGGCCCCUUCAACAGAGGAGCGUGAAACUGAUAUCCUUGACGACGAGCUUCCUAAUAGCCAGGAGGGCAACAGUGUGGACAGCUUGGGUACCCUUUCAUCCUUAGAGGGUCAGGCAACACCAGCUAGCCUUUACUACCAAUCACAGACACCUGUUAGUGGCCAGAACGACGGCCUGUAUCUUGAGAGAAACGUUCUUGGAGAAAAGCUGGACGAAAUGCCUGUUCAUGGAGUUCGAACUCCUACAGCAAUGCAGGAGCGGUCUGUAGAUUCAUCAUCACCCCAGGGGGGAUACAACAACUACCAGAAUGGAGGAGGGAUGUACCGUUCGCAGUCCUUUGGGAAUCAGCCACCCAGUAGCCCUGAGACCAACCCUAAAAUGAUGCCUAAGGCCCCUGAAAGGAGUACCAGUAGUCGAGAGGCAGUUCAAAGAGGUCUUAGCCACUGGCACCAGCAUAGUCUUCCAGAUGAUCCCUUUGGGCCUCCUCCUCAGUUGACCCACAGCCUGCCUCAUUUCCCAACGUCAGCCUCACAGCGAGACAUUGAGCAGUCCAUAGAGGCACUAAACAUGCUGAUGCUUGAUUUAGAUCCAAUCAACUCACACAUGUCUAAGUCCCACAGUGCGCCACCUGGAGAUAACACCCUCAGUUCUUCCCAGAUACCCUUUUCCCAGACCCUGGCUAGGCCAUCCUACCAAGGAGACUCUGCCAUCCAUGGCUACAACAACUCUGGGUCAGUGAAUAACACCUAUCAUCAGCCGCUACGACCAGCAGGGAGGGUUCCAGCAGUGCCAAACCAGAGUCCCGUUACGGAGUCUCCAACAUACUCCCCCCAAAGGUCCAACACUGGCUAUCAAUACCAGAACACCACCCCAACACACACUCCGGAGCCCUACCUCCACACACGGCAAGCAGCCCACUAUUACCCCAUUGAUACUUCUGCCAAUCUCAACCAGCAGUCUCCCCAGAAACUAGUAAACUCAACAAACAGAGUUUCACACUCCCCAGACCUACAGGGGCCAUCCCCCUACCCAGGAUACAGCACCUCUUCUUCUCCUAUUCCUGCCCUCACACCCCAACCCAAAGAUGUGUCUUCUUCUCCCUUGCCAAGAGAACAAGAUGCAGAUGAGAAGACUCUAAACUUGGAAGGCCUGGUUGCCCACCGUAUUGCUGAGUACAACGCUCGUAUUCGGGGCAUCAGUGAAAGCAUGACACCUCAACAAUCUGACCACCAUCGCUCCUAUUCCUUCUCUGGCGUUCGCUCCAGAGGAAUGACCCCGGAAGUGACGCAGGAGACAGGCAGGCGCCGGACCACAAGCGAGGGGCAUUACCAGAGCGGUCAUGACAAUGCCCCCGUAUCCCAUUCGCCGGACUUCACCAAUAAUCUGGCUCUGAACCCGGGGGGAAGGCCCAGAGAGGGUCCUAUGCACAGUUACCGGGAAGCCUUUGAGGAUGAUGAGGCUGGACGGCAUGGCAACAGUCUCUUGUUGCAAGGCAGUGCUCGAUCUACGCCAGGUUUGACAAAGACCCCACUGUCUGCUCUGGGACUAAAACCUCAUCAACAAGGUGGAUCAGACUCUGAUAGUAAAAAUGCACAGCAAGAUAUUCACAGCUUCGGGGACUCGAGGUCACAACUGUUCAGUCCUCCUCUGUCCUCCAGCAGUCCUGUUCACACCAUUGAUGGAAGGAGGACUGGUUCUUCAGAUGGCAGCCCCCACAGUCCCGCCUGCCCAUACACCCAAAGACCUGCCUCCCCUGAGGGCUCCCAGGUCAACAUCAUGGGUGUCCACACAGUCCCCGGCAGCCCAAACACCCUCCACCGCACAGUGGCCACCAACACCCCACCCAGCCCAGCCCUUCAAAGACGCUUAGGUCAAGCCAGCCCUUCCCUGACCAGACAGCAGCCCCCAUCCAGUCCUCUGAUAGGCCGAAAUCCUAAAACUGCAUCAGCAGGCAUUCCUCCAAGUCCACUAAUGGGGCGACGUGCGGGGUCGAGCGGCCACAGCACACCUGAUGAGCUGGGCGCCGCCUCUCGUCAGGGGAGCACCCAGCCGCCUCCCACCCCUGCCUUCCCUGUCUCCCCUCAGCUUCCGGAAAAGAGACACAUGUCCAGUGGAGAUGCGGAGAGGACAGACAACAGGAACCUGACCCCAGCCAGUGGUGGCAGCACGCCAAACCUUUCUGGCACACAUACUCUCCCAGACGUCUCCAAGUCCAUCUAUGAUGGUUAUCCAGACAUAAGGAUGAAUGUUAAGUUUGUCCAGGACACUUCUAGGUUCUGGUACAAGCCAGAUAUAUCCAGAGAACAAGCCAUCAGUCUGUUAAAGGACAGGGAGCCAGGGGCAUUUAUCAUCAGGGACAGCCACUCUUUUCGCGGAGCCUACGGUCUGGCCAUGAAGGUGGCGUGUCCUCCGCCGACUGUCCAGCAAAACAAGAAAGUUGGCGACAUGACUAAUGAGCUGGUGAGGCACUUCUUGAUUGAGACCAGCCCCAAAGGUGUCCGUCUGAAAGGUUGUCCCAAUGAGCCCUAUUUCGGAUGUCUCUCUGCUCUGGUGUACCAACAUGCAAUGACUCCUCUGGCUCUGCCCUGCAAGCUGAUGAUCCCCACCAAAGACCCAAAUGAAGAAGCACUGGAACUCGCUACACCUACUGAUCCAGUUGUUGAGCUCCUCAAACAGGGAGCAGUUCAGAAGGUUCCAGAGGAAGCCUAUGCUUGUAAUGUUCUCUUCAUCAACUCUGUGGACAUGGAGUCACUCACGGGACCUCAGGCCAUUGCCAAGGCCAUUAGUCAGACGUUGGCAUACAACCCCCUUCCUUCCGCCACCACUGUCCACUUUAAGGUGUCCAUGCAGGGCAUCACACUCACCGACAGCCAGAGAAAAAUUUUCUUCCGCCGACAUUAUCCUCUUAACACAGUGACCUACUGUGAUUUAGACCCCCAGGAUAGAAAAUGGGUAAAAGAAGGAGGUGGAUCAGUAAAGCUUUUUGGGUUUGUCGCAAGGAAACAAGGAAGCACAACGGACAAUGUCAGUCACCUGUUCGCUGAGCUGGAACCAGACCACCCUGCCCCUGCCAUCGUCAGCUUUGUGUCCAAGAUGAUGAAGCGAUGAAACCCUGAAACCUCCAAAUGCAGUGGCCGGGUUGCAAUCUUUCAUCAUCAUUGGUGUCCAUUUCCAAAAGGACUCAACGUUGUCCUUUUUUUGUUUGUUUUUGGGUUUUUUUUUUGUUUCUCUCCUCUUUCUUCCUCUCUACCUUGCUGGGUUGUCUUUCUUGAGAGUUGUCUUUACCCGAAGGCUUUAGUGUUGACGCAAAGUGGAGCUAGGGGACGUGUUAUGUGGAGCUGUGCAUGUGACAGAAGCCGACAUUGUGAAGUUGAGUCAGGGAAACAUGUAAGGACUAGUGAAUUUGUUUUGUUUUCCGUAGAUUUUGAUUGAUUUACCAAAGGUAGCUGCAAUACAAGUGCAAGAAUGAUGUAGCUAGUAAGCCAUUAAUAAUUUCUCUUUUUAAAAGAUGAAGUGAAACAAAAGAAAAAAAAACUAAGAAAAACAAGAUGAAAGAAAAAUGGUUUUCUCUUCAACUUCGAUUCUUCAGGAAAAAAAGGUGGGAAAAAAAAAUAAUUUCUGAAGAUGUUAUGCAUGUUGGCUUGAUCUUUAAGCUUGGUUCUUCUACUUUCCAAAAAGUAAUUGUCAACUACUCACUUAGAGGUCAUUUUUUGGGUCUGCUGUGUGUUGGAAAGGGCUCUGCAGUGAAACAACAACUGAUCUAAACUGUGCAUAGCAGACCUCAUCUAGAAGAAACGUGUGUCAGUGCAAACCAUGCUUGCAUUCUUUCUGCAUCAAAUCCUUUAAAACAAUGAAUUCCCGGAUGAACUCGAGCCUGAAAUCAACUGCCUGAAGAUGUGACGACAGUCUGUCCACAAGAUGGCGCCACAUAUUCAGGCUUUUCCUUCCUUAAAGACUUCCUCCAUCGCACCUGCUUGCAGUAACUGAUCUGUUAAGACGCUUCCACAGAAACACACUGGAAACCACCGGGAAACGGCCCAAUUACCUGGACCUAUGCACUGUUCUUUAUGCAUGUUAUCGUCCGAAAAAGCACCCUCCAUCAUAGCUACAUUUACGAUCACUGAGAACAUUCUUUGCCAAGUGUAUAAUUAAAAAAGAUAGAAAAUAUCAACCUUUAGACAAGACAACUGAGUGAAACUUGUCAAAAACUGCAUGAACUAGACAUUUUUUAGUCUUUUACGAGUUCUGAAACAUUGACAAUUAUUACUGAAGAACCUAUUAUCAUGAGAAGUUUAUAUAUUUAUUUUUCUUUUAUGUUUAUUUUUCUUUAUGUUCCAUUUGUGUCAAAAGUCAUGUUCACUGUUUUUCUGAAAAUCCCAAUUAUCUCUUUGCUAAUUGUCCAUUGAGGCUACAAUUUUUGUCAGUUCAGAUAUAGUUCUUUCUUUUAUGGUGUUCUCAUUAACUAUUAGGGACCUUUGUAGACAACAGGGAUGGAAAACUCUAUUGCCUGCAUGUUAAAUACAUUAUAAACCAUUCACAGAAAGCUAAAAUAAUAAGUUGUUUUCUGCUUAGACCAGUAUUAGCCUUAACCAUAGAGUAUGGAUUUGUUUUUUUUUUUUUUGUUUUUUUUUCAUUCACAUAGUAGAAUUUCAUAUUUUGGUACCUUUUUAGGAUAAAAGAAAAAAGUCUGUUUAGUUCCUUGACAUAAUUUUAAUGUUACAUGAUUUGAUAAAUCCUUUUUUCCAUUCUUUGCCCAAAUCCCUUCUUUGUUAUGAUUGGGAAAGUCAGCUUUUGUUCCUUUCAUAAAUAUUGUUGUCACAUUUUACAGUUACAAAAAAAAAGGAUAUAAUAGUGCAUUGACUCUUGUUGAGCACAUGUUUAACUGCUAACAGAAAACUAAGCAAAUAUUCCAAUUUGUUUUAAGUUUUUAAUACAAAUAUCUCCACAGCACCCCACCUCUGAAAUGUUCAAAACACCCUACUCAUUUACCUUACUUUAUCAUAGAGGUAUAAAACUUGGUACACUUGUAGAACCUCCUAAGACCUCUCUUGCACCUAUGGUCUAUAACAAACAGGGAGUUUGCUAUCUAGGAUUGAAUUUUUGAUCUUGCCCCCAUUUUGGCCAUUUCUAGCCUCUUUAUUUCAUUUCUACUCCUAGAGGUUUUGACCAAUCAUCUAGACAUUUGCUGAGUGUGCUCAUAAGCCAUGGGGGAUCUAAAGUUAUCAAAAUUCUGAGCCCUACCCCCUGAGAACAGGAACUCUAUUUUACUUGAGAAGGUCCAUAUUUGACCCCAUUGACCUAAUUAACAUAAAACUGUUCCCAGUGACAAGCUGGUGAAACUUGGUCUCCACUACUGACUUUUGGCCAGAGGGUGUGGCUCUGGCAGGGUGGCGAAAUUCGGGUGGCCAUAUGUUUAGCUCUAAUUUCCACAUAUAUCAUCUGAUCUCCACCAAACUGAAUGUGAUUCAUUUCAAUCCAGCCCCUAAAAGAUAUUUUGGCAAACAUUUGCUGGGUGUGGCCUAAUUCCACCACAGUGCCCCCCUAGAAUCAUUAAACAACCAUCAACAAGCCAUGCUUUGAAUCUUGGUACACAUAUCUAACUUCACAAGACCUACAAAAAAGGUCUCUUCGAGUCCUCUUGGACUGUUAAAUACAUUGGUAUGAUAAAUUGAUGACAACACUUUCGUCUUGCAAACUGAGAACAGUCACGGGUUUCUGUGUUGAAUGACCCUCCAUGACAGUCUGUACAAGUUUCAAGCUUUGUGACUACAACUUUCAAAAGAAAGGUUGGACUUUAGCCAAAUUUUGACGAGAGCUGAUCAACACAGAAUUUAGUCCAAACAGUAAAGAUGGUGUUUGGUUUCUUUCACAGCGUUUCAAAAUUUCAUACUUUAAUACCUUUUCAGCCUAAAACAAUAAAACUGCACAAAGCCUGCAUGUUUUACAUGCUUAGACUUUCACAAUAAGGUAUGCCUAAAACUUUUAAAGGUUUUGUUUUUUAUCCCAUCUGUUUAGACCAGGAUUAGUUUUAACCAGAUGGUAGGGUGUUUUGAUUCGUUCGCAUUUAAAUUUUGGUUCCUUGUAUGUCAAAAGAGAGAAAAACAAGGCUCAAUGUACGCUCAGAUUUUUUCCGUCAGGUAACUUAACAUACAAGUUUUUUUCUUUGAUUAAUAGACCCAAAUGACUUCAUGAGGACUGGAGAGUUGGCUUGAGUUUUUCAUUUAUAGUUCUCAUAAAUAACAUUUAGCAAAAAGAGAGAAAAACAUUUGUUGGACACCUGCUAAAUUAUUCACAAAAAGAUAUGGGAAAAACUGGUGUUUGUUUCACAAUGUUGCAAAAAUUCCUCUUUUGGUACAUUUUAGAAAAUAAGAGAGAGAAAAAAAUUGACUCUUUGAACUAAUUUUAACCUUUCAGGUUUAAACAAUGAUAAAUUCAAAGUUGUUUUUUUAGUUGUUUUUGUUAUUGGUCCCAUUCAGGCCAAAUCCUUUCCUCAUGACAACCAGAGUUCAGGUUUUGUUUCAUCUGGUGUUGUCCUAUUUAAACCCAUCAGCAAAAUAAGUUAUGGGCUAGCUUGUUUUUGUUUGUUUGUUUUGGCCCCAAAUUAGUGUUAAAAACCAGACAGUAUGGUUUUUUGGGUUUCUUUUUUUGUUUUGUUCACUGUCUUGCCAGUGUGAUAUUUCAAUAUAAUUUAGGACAAAAGACAGAAAACAAAUAUUUAACACAUGCUUAACCAUUCUGAAUUUGUUCUUUAAUUCCACCAUGUUUUGGUAAUUUCACAUUUUGAUACUUUUUCGGACAAAGAAGAGAAAAAAAAAAAAAAAAAAAAACUGUCACUUGAGCCAGAAUUGCUUUUCAUAAAAGAAUUAUGGGGCUAUGUUUUGUGUUUUUGUUUUCACCUUUUUUAUUGUCAUUCUUAGAUACCCUUUAAAACAAGGAAGAUGGUUAAAAAACUAGCAUAAUGCCUGCUUGUUGACAGCUCAGAAUAUCUUGUUCAUUUGAGCUAGAUUUACUUUUCGUAAAAAUGGGAAAGUUUGAAGUUUCGUAGUGUUGUCAGAUUUCAACAUUUAGCUACCUUUUUAGAACAGCAGAGGGGAAAAAAAACACACUGUGCGCAAUACCUGCUUGCUGAACACAUGCAUUCACAAUAAGCUAAGAAAAAAAUUGAUACUGGUAUAAAUGUACAUAGAUAUACUUCUUUGAAAGGUGACAUAGCGAAAAAGUAUUUAUUUUUAUUGCUUUGUUCCCUCAUGGUUACUAAUAUAUACAUAUAUUGUACAGUCUCGAUAAAUAGAAAAUGAGUUGAGAAAAAAAAUACUUAUUUUGACUAAUGAUUUCAAAGUCUGAGGAUUUUGAGAUGUGUUUGAAUAUAUGGUGUACAUUACAUUGUACAUGUAUGUUUCUUUUUCGGUUCAUUGGGGUUUUUUUUUUUUUUUCGUUUUGCUUCCUCACAGAAAGAGGCAGGGCAUGAAUGAGGUAAAGUUGCAUGGACAAAAACUGAUGAGUGUGAUUUCCUGCAAGUAAAACGCAGUAAAGCAGACGUAUUGUAGAAUUUAGAUUUUUGUUUUUUUUAAAAAAGGAAGUUCAGAAGCCAAACCUAAAUGCAAUAUGCACUCAUGCUGGUUACAUUUAUCAUUUUGCCAAAGAUUCUCUCGUGUUACGUAUAUUCUUAUUGUAGCAUGUCGCUUUUUAUAUCAAACACUGUUUCCAUUUUCUUAAAUUUGCUAACUUUUUCAGCAGAAGUAAUAAUUUUAAGAGAGAACACAGAUGAGUGUUUUGGGAUGUAGAGUUUACUCACUCUGCUGCACAUUUCUUGAUUUGUUUGUACUGACGUCUCAGCACUAAAGAAAUGUGUCCACCUCCAAUGCCUGUUGAGGAAAAAACAAGCCUGCUGCGCAUCGGAGGAGCAUAAACAAAGCACUUAUGUCCACAAUAGAGAGGAGUGACAUAAAUUUCGUAUGGGUGUCAGUGCUGGAGGUAAAUAAAAUCCGACAUGUCACACAGUGAUGCUAAAAGCUCCACAGCUGCAGCUUUGUCAGACUGCCAAAGUCUCUUUUGAGAGUCAGCAGAUUAUUUAUUCUUAUUUAUUCGUUUAUUUCCUGGUUUGUAUUCACAUUUGUGUCACUUUCUUUUACAGUAUUAACAAUUUUCGGAAUGUAUGAUGGUGCUUUAUUGAAAGCGAGGAGGUACACUGGGCUUGAUUUGAAAACAACAAGAUUCUUGCCAUCUGUAGCCACGUGGAAAGAAAAAAAAAUGCCAUAAUUAAAUGUUGCCUAAUUGAAUAUUCAUAUCAAAUUGAAUUGUACAUGUUGGCUUUGAGUCAAGAGUUACCAUAUGUAAUACAAAAAAAAAAAGAUUAUUUGACCUCUUGUACAGAUGGCAUUUGUAUGUUAAAUGAAUGUGCUGCCGAGGAUGUACAAAAAAGGGUCUCAGAUUUUGUUUGCUAUUAUCAUUUACAUUAUAAUGUCAUGGCUUACUUGUUCUUAAGGAGAAAAAAGACAUUAAAGCAAUACAGAUCAGUUACA